CACACACACUGUGACACACACAUUAGCAGUCAGAGUCCUUCUUUCACAGCUCUCCUUUGAGUACCGUGUAAUAACUCCUCCAGUACUGCCAUCUUACUGUAGUGGUGUUUUUCUCCCAUCAACUCCGCCCCUCCCUCCCUGGGCUCGUGGUUGCUCCUUACGUCACACAUUUCCCAGUGCAGCCAGGGGCCGAUAGUGAAGAAGCGGCUACGAUUCACAGCCCCUAAGUAAGAGGCUGUGCAGCUGUAACUUUAACCGGAGGAGCUCUUGCUUCAAUUUGUUGUCAAUUUUAUGUUACUUUAUCCUAACUGCCCAUGGGAUUGGUAAACUGCUACGAUUAAUAAGUGAAGAGAAAGUGGGACAACUCCAGCCAGUCGACUUGUGUGUUACCGAUAUUCGAUCAUUUCAAUGUUUUACAGAAAAGGGGUUAAACAAGAAAUGGAACCAAACUGCCGCAAACUUGUUUCGGCUUCUGUCCAGUUAGCGUGCCAGCAGCCUGUAGUGGAAUGUCUGUUUUCUAAAGAUCCUGAAAUUAAAAAAGUGGAACUUAAUCUAAGCGAUGCUAUGGAUUCCAGGAAAGAAAGCAAAUUGUUUCCUAAGCAGCAUCACGGAUCCAAUGACAAAGAGAAGAGUCAGACCAGUAAGAACGAAGACUCUGGGCAGGAUGACCCCUCAAAGAAGAAACGCCAGCGGCGCCAACGGACCCAUUUCACAAGCCAGCAGCUACAAGAACUUGAGGCUACUUUCCAGAGGAAUCGCUACCCCGACAUGUCCACCCGUGAGGAAAUCGCUGUUUGGACCAACCUCACAGAGGCUCGGGUGCGAGUUUGGUUCAAGAACCGUCGUGCCAAGUGGAGGAAACGAGAGAGGAACCAACAAGCUGAGCUGUGCAAGAAUGGCUUUGGUCCCCAGUUCAAUGGUCUCAUGCAGCCUUAUGAUGACAUGUACCCUAGCUACUCCUAUAACAACUGGGCAGCUAAAGGUCUAACCUCAGCCUCACUCUCCACAAAAAGCUUUCCUUUCUUCAACUCAAUGAACGUCAACCCUCUCUCCUCCCAGACAAUGUUCUCACCACCCAACUCUAUUUCCUCAAUGAGCAUGUCCUCUAGCAUGGUACCAUCUGCGGUGACUGGAGUGCCAGGUUCCAGCCUCAACAGCCUCAAUAACUUGAACAACCUGAGCAGCCCGUCGCUGAAUUCUGCUGUACCCACGUCUGCCUGCCCAUAUGGCCCGCCUACUCCUCCCUAUGUAUACAGGGACACUUGCAACUCUAGUCUGGCUAGCCUGAGACUCAAAGCCAAACAGCACUCCAGCUUUGGAUACGCCACUGUGCAGAAUCCAGCCUCCAAUUUGAGCGCUUGUCAGUACGCAGUAGAUAGGCCAGUCUGAGCUAUAACAUACAACAAAAACACACAACGAAUGGGUAAAACUAAAAGACUCAAGUAACACGAGGAAACUGGCACUAAAGACAUACACCACUAAAAAAGAAAAAAAUAUAUAGAAUACGGCUCUUUGUUGGGGAAAUGGGCCACGUGGUUUUUAGCACUGUUCUUGCAAAGUUUCCAGUAAUUCAAUGACUUGACGUAUUUGGAAAGAUUCGUCUGGAUGUGGCGUUUAAUGUUGCUUUUAAGCUUAUUAUUUUUUAAGUUUAGCAUUGUUGACAUUUAAAAAAAGAUUGAAAGGAUGUAUAUAUAUGGAAAUGUCAAAUUAAUUUUAUAAAACAGUUGCUAGAACUAUCACAGCAUCGUUUUAAAGAUUAAGCUUUAAAAUAAAGCAUGUCACAACUGAAGCGGUAAGGCUUUUUUUCUUAGAACAAUGGAAUGUACAUACUAAAUUUGGGACUGAUUGCUUCUAACAUCAUUAAGAAAAAAAGUAGUGUGAAUACGGAAUUUAGAGUAGCUUUUCUGGUAGAUGUCAGGGUGUUCCUGAAACCUGCCAUGUGAAUUAACCAUGUAUUUAAACAUUUAGAAUGGAGGCAUUGUUUUACUUUCAGCAAACAAAAGCACCGUGUUUCUGUCACGGGAGUAAACUUGUAUUUCAAA